GCCUGCGCAAGCCAUUGGCGGCAAGAUGGCGAUGGAGAUGAGGCUUCCAGUUGCUCGAAAGCGUCUUAGCGAGACCCUGGGCCGCGAGUCUAAGAAACACCUGGUGGUGCCGGGGGACACGAUCACUACGGACACUGGUUUCAUGCGAGGCCAUGGGACAUAUAUGGGGGAAGAGAAACUCAUUGCAUCCGUGGCUGGCUCUGUGGAGAGAGUAAACAAGUUGAUCUGUGUGAAAGCUUUGAAAACAAGAUAUAAUGGUGAAGUGGGAGACAUUGUAGUGGGGAGAAUCACAGAGGUUCAACAAAAGAGGUGGAAGGUGGAGACCAACUCCAGGCUGGAUUCAGUCUUGCUUCUCUCGUCCAUGAACCUCCCUGGAGGAGAGCUGAGGAGAAGAUCUGCAGAAGAUGAGCUUGCAAUGAGAGGCUUCUUACAGGAAGGGGACCUUAUCAGUGCUGAGGUCCAGGCAGUGUUCUCUGACGGAGCUGUCUCUCUGCACACAAGGAGCCUGAAAUACGGAAAACUAGGGCAGGGUGUUUUGGUCCAGGUUUCUCCCUCCCUGGUGAAACGGCAGAAGACCCACUUCCAUGACUUGCCAUGUGGCGCCUCGGUGAUUCUGGGUAACAACGGCUUCAUAUGGAUCUACCCGACGCCUGAACACAAAGAAGAGGAUGCAGGGGGCUUCAUUGCAAACCUGGAGCCUGUCUCCCUUGCUGAUCGAGAGGUGAUAUCCCGGCUUCGGAACUGCAUCAUCUCGCUGGUAACCCAGAGGAUGAUGCUGUAUGAUACCAGUAUCCUGUAUUGCUACGAAGCAUCCCUUCCACAUCAGAUCAAAGACAUCUUAAAGCCAGAAAUAAUGGAGGAAAUUGUGAUGGAAACACGCCAGAGGCUUUUAGAACAGGAAGGAUAAGGAGAUACUCCUGGAUAGGACUGGGCAUACCUCACUGGAGUAAAGAAUCCAAUGUUUGCUCAGUGAAGACAGCUGUGUGGCUGCUGCCAGCCCACGGACCUGCUUUCUCCUGUCCUAAGAUAAAGCCUGAGUGGAAGGUGAACAGUGCCCCCAGCCCCUGGGGUUGCCGGCUGAUGCCAGCACAGGGGGGUAGUUUCAGGUCUUUGAAAGUGCACGGUGUUCCAGCUAAAUGGAUCCCCAUCCUGGAAUAAUAUGGAGAAGACUUUGUCUUCCCCUCACCACCAUUCACAAGGCACAGUGCCCCAUGAAAUUGCCUUGGUAGGAAGUACGGCAUCCCUGGCCUGCAGAUGGUCUGUUUUGGCCUCCAUUCCCACCUCACUCAAAGCACAAGUAUGACAGUGAAGAAUACAGUUGGUAAAGUUAGCCCAGCAGUCAAGUGGAAGAAUAAAGUUAACCAAGCAGCCUUUUGCUUGGUUGGAAUCCAGUUUUUCACUUCAUAUUCCUUUUAGCAAUAGGUGUAUGUCCACACCAGGCUGCCUUUAUUUAUUUCUUUAUUUAUCUUUGGCUGCCUUUAUCUGUCCUGCCAUGGAGUGUGACUUGUAAGAAGCUGAAUUAUCAAUAAUAGAAUGAAUGUUCUGGGUCCAUGUACUUUUGGAUGCUCUGAUAAACGAGUAAAAACAAAGAAAAUGGAGAUGGGAAAAGCAAAGCUGUUUUCCUCCUAUAACUGAAGUAGUGAUGCAUUAACUAUUGAAUAAUUCAGGGUUAAAAGAUAAAAAGAUACUGAAGCUCUCACUGAGGAAUGUUAGAAUUCCUGUGCAUUGCAUUGACUGUCUAAAAGUGGUGCCUUGAUUUAGGUUUUGGGAAACAUUCUUUUUUAAGGGCACUACAUGCAAGUGCUGUUUUAUUUCACAUACGUGGCGCACUCAUUUUGGUAUAUAUAAACGUGUUAUUAGUUUCUGUUCUUGGGUUCUGGGAGCUGAGUACAGUUGAAGGAGGGCUCAGGAGAUAUAAAUGCCUCUGACAGUGGUCCUAACUACUUGAGGCACCCAGUAAAAUGUAAACCUAGGACAGUUUCAAUAGUAAUAACUGAACACCGCAUUUGAAGUUCUGAAAUACAUCUUGACUCUUUUUCAUUAAAUGCUGUUUCUUUUUAUAAAAUUACUCAGUAGACAACUUUUUAAUCUUUUUUUCUAUCUCAAGUUGUAGCACCUGUUUUGAGGAUAUUUUUCUAUCUCAAGUUGUAACACGUGUUUUGAGGAGUUUGCAAACAAUUGAAUAUUCCACAGGCUAUGUUGCACCUGUAGAUUUGUUCACUUGUUACACUUUUGAGAAAAUUUUCCAGGCUGUUUGCCUCUUGAGAGAAGAGAAUAGGGAAGAAUGGAAGUCUGAGUCCUAGGUUUGGUUUUAACCAGGGCUGUAUGUAAACUUGUUUACCCUCAUUGCUCUCUCCCAAGCUGCCAGCCUGUGCUGUUCAUCAGUAUCUGCUUUAUGGUGAUUACCUACCAAGUGGAAAUAAUUUAAAGGUCUGGAAGCACCUUUUGGUUGUCUACUUUCAGCGGCCCACUAGAGGGCGCCCUUGUUAAAUGUAAUUCUAAUAGAUGUUUUAAGAAAUGUGUUAAUAGUAAGCUGAAAUCUUUACACUGGUACUGAAUCCCUUUAGCAACUUGGUGGAUUGCUUUGCUUUAUAAAAGUUAGGACAAAAUUAGACUGGAACUGAAUCACUUUUAAUGAAACUAUAUGAGCUUAAAGGGACUUAUUCAAUAUUUGGCAGUAUUUAUUUAAGACUCAGGCAUUUGCUGGGCUUUGGAUUCUAAUUUUUAAGUCCUUAGAAGUAUCAUUCUACAGUGUUAUACAGGGACUAAAAAAAACAGUGCAUCUCUAGAAAAAAUUUUACAGUCUCAGCAUGGGGCUCACCUAAAACUAGAGAAUGGUGGAAAUGGAAAGCAGAGAUUAGCGACAAGCCUUGUGCAGUUGACGUCCGCAGUCACUACCGCGGAGCACAGUCUCAAGCUUUGGGGACACCAACCACAGUCUAGUUUGAUCCUCAUGGUAACUUGCACACCUCAUGCACCUCUAGGUGAAGAAAUCAAAGAAUUAAUGUGACUUGAUUAAGUGCUUGAAUCAGGAAUAUCUUUAGAGAGUUGUCAUAAAGCAGUCCUUUAGAGCUGUGGUCCCCAAACCCCAGACUGGAGAGGACCACAAUGCGGCUUGUUGCCGACCCUCCCACUCCCGCUGCCCGCGGGAGGCUUCAUGUAUGUUUGCAGCUGCCCCCAUUGCUGGCAUCACCACCUGAGCUCCACCUCCUGUCAGAUCAGCGGAGCGAUAGAUUCUCAGGUGCAGGAACCCUGCUGCUGACACUGCAUGCAGGGAUCUAGGUGGCUGCUCCUUGUGAGAGUGGUGCCUGAUGAUCUGGGGUGGAGUUGGGGCUGGGGAGUGGCUGCAGUGAAGAUUGUCAUUGGUAGAGAGGUGACUGCACCAUAAAUGUGCGCUUGGGUCAUCCCUGGACCACGGCCGCCCUCCACCCCCAGUCCAUGGGAAAUUUGUCUUCCAUGAAGCCAGUCCCUGGUGCCAGAAAGGUUGGGGACCGCAGCUUUAGAGGAUGGGUUGGACUGAUCUCGAAAGGUAUGGAUCCAGAAAUCUAAUUUCCAGGCUUGAGACUGAUCUUUGUUUGGAUUGUUGCUUAUUUUGUUAUUGCCUGUCCCUGCAUGGAUGCUCCAUGAGAAUAAGGAUGAGUUUUUUUUCUUCACUGCUGUAUCUCUGUACCUAGAACAGUG